CCAGUUAAAAAGUUGCAGGAAAAAAUAUCGACAACACGGAAGUGUCAAGAUGGCUCCAAGUGGAUUGAAGGCGGUAGUCGGAGAGAAAAUCCUGAAUGGAGUUAUCAAAAGUGUGAAGAAGGAUGGAGAAUGGAAGGUGCUCAUUGUGGACCACAUCAGCAUGCGAAUCCUGUCCGCCUGCUGCAAGAUGUCAGAUAUCAUGGCAGAGGGGGUGACUAUUGUGGAGGACAUCAACAAGCGCAGGGAACCCAUCUCCAGCCUGGAGGCCAUUUAUCUGAUCUCUCCUUCAAAGAAGUCGGUUCAUGCUCUUAUCAAUGACUUCAAAGAGAUUGCUUUCACCUACAAAGCGGCGCACAUCUUCUUUACAGACAAUUGCCCAGAUGCUCUGUUUGCUGACAUUGGGAGGUCCAGAGUUGCCAGAGUCAUCAAGACUCUGAAGGAGAUCAACGUGGCUUUCCUGCCGUACGAAUCCCAGGUAUUUUCCCUUGACGAUCCCAGCUCCCUGCACUUGUUCUACAGUCCAGUUGGAGAUGGGAAUAAAGACAGAAUGAUGGAGACUCUGGCAGAGCAGAUCGCCACCCUCUGUGACACCCUGAAGGAGUACCCUGCCAUCUGCUACCGCAGCGGUCCUGAAGAGAAUGCUAGAUUGGCUGAGGAGGUGUAUCAGCGUCUGAACGCCCAUAAAGCAGACAACCCCAGCAUGGGAGAGGGUCCUGACAAGGCCAGGUCACAGCUAUUAAUUGUGGAUCGUGGCUUUGACCCCAUCUCUCCCAUUCUGCACGAGCUGACUUUCCAGGCCAUGGUCUAUGACCUUCUGGACAUCAAACAGGACAUCUACAAAUAUCAGACGACUGGGAUCGGGGACUCUAAGGAGAAGGAGGUUCUCCUGGACGAAGACGAUGAGCUGUGGAUCCAGCUGAGACACAUGCACAUAGCUGACGUCACCAAGAAAGUGACGGAGCUGCUGCGUGUGUUCUGUGAGAGCAAGAGGAUGUCCACUGAUAAGGCCAAUAUCAAAGACCUGUCUCAGAUGUUGAAGAAGAUGCCACAGUACCAGAAGGAACUCAGCUUGUACUCCACUCACCUGCACCUGGCUGAGGCCUGCAUGAAGAAAUUCAAAGCCUCGGUGGAUAAGCUGUGUGAGGUGGAACAGGACCUGGCCAUGGGGACUGAUGUAGAUGGGGAACCCCUGAAGGACGCCAUGAAGAGCAUCGUCCCUGUACUCCUCAACAUCGACAUCGACCCCUACGACAAGAUCCGCAUCAUACUACUCUAUAUCUUCCACAAGAAGAAGGGCAUUGGAGAGGAGAACCUGACCAAGUUAAUCCAGCACGCCAACGUGCAGGCAAACAGCAACAUCAUCACCAACCUACAGCACCUGGGCUGCCCCAUCAUAGCAGGGGCUCCCAAUGCUGGGAAAACACUGCCUGAGAAGAAAGAGCGCAAGGAGAGCACGUACCAGCUCUCCCGAUGGACACCCACCAUCAAAGAUGUGAUGGAGAAUGCCAUAACAGACAAGCUGGACAGGAAGCAGUGGCCGUUCAUCUCUGACCCUGCCCCCAUUAACACCAUGCAGACGACUGUCAGCAGUGCUCGGUUUGGACAAUGGCACAAGAACAAGUCUCCACCGGAGUAUCGUUCCGGCCCUCGGCUCAUCAUCUUCAUGAUCGGAGGUGUGUCCCACUCCGAGAUGCGCUCUGCCUACGAGGUCACUCGAGCCACAGACGGAAAAUGGGAGGUUCUGAUUGGUUCGUCUCACAUUGUCACACCCACCAGCUUCCUAAAUGAUCUGAAGAAGCUGGACCUGGAUCCAACUCCUGAAAGCUAGAUAUCUCCUCGGCCUGGAAGGGAGCUGUUCUGAGUCUGCAGAGAGAAUGGAUCUGAACACAAACCUGGAUUCAAAUUGUGCUUGUUUUCUUUCAAAUAUGUUGAGUGUUUUGAUUAAGCCUGCUUGGAGUGCCAGAUCAGUGGGAUUUGCAGUUUGCACUUUUAGGACUGUUCCAGUGGUUCUUUUGGGUUAGACAAGUUCAAUUAAGCACAGUUAAAGUAUUUGAAAGAGAACAAAUACUAUUUGAACCCUGGUCUGCUCAUUAUGAGACGCUUGUGUACUUGUCUAACUGUAAAACUAAGUGCCGGUUUAAGAUGUAGUCAUUAGAGGAUAGUAUCUUUUGAUUCUCAAUCUAUUAUUGAAUUUAUCUUUAAUUACGGUUGAAGUAAAAUAAAUUAUGUACAUAUGUAUAAAUGUAAUGCUGUGAUGGACUUUUUUUGCUCUGAAUAUUAAAUUAAAACAGCCCUUAUAUUAUGAGGAUCAUUUUAAUCUCCCUGUCUUCAACUGUAAUUAAGUUACAAAUAUGGGUUGCAUCUCAAGUCUAAAGUGACUUCUUCUCCUUUUGUCCUGUUAGUGCAGAUGAACUAAAGGACAUAAUUGAGAUGCAACUUUUUAGUUGGGACCAUUAAAUACUUGUGCCUCUCCCAAGUUACAUUUCUUUUCAUGUCUAAAUAUCUUUACUACUGUAGUGUGCCUCUGAAAUCAUGCACUUUCAUGUUUGGGCCUUUGUCUUUUAGUCAAUUAUGAAUAAACAAUAUGCAUACAUUUUA